GAGUCAGAGCCUACAAAAAACAUCACAUCUCUUUCAAGGCAUUGCACGUCUUCUCCCUGGACUGUAUUCCACACCAUCUACUUCUGACUGCAGGGUUUGAACACCUGCAAGCCGGAGCCGAGGACCCGUUUGAACGUCGUUUUUUGUUCGCCCCUUGUACAUUUUGCCGUUAGGCUAUUAUUUAUUAUUCGCGCGACUUCCCAAUUUUUAGGUCAUAUAUUGUUUCCGCCAGGAGAGCGCCACCAAAGAGCGGUGCUUGAUAUUAAAGAGGAAUAAAAUCGCUUGAGCCACGAGUGAGGACGUUUCUCACAUCACUUGAAAUCAAUAUCAGUACAUACUUAAAAUAAUCGAGCCGCUGGAUAUCGAUGUGUCUUUGAUACUUUAUCUAGGCAAUCGCGAAGCUUCGGCGUGGUGUUUCGACGGAGGAUUGCAUCAACCACAAAUCACAUUUAGAAACAUCAUAUCUGAUACGAAAAAGAGAUAAGAGUCUAAAGAUUCCCUAUAAAAAAUGAUGGCCGGUGGGGCAGUGCAGCAAAACGGGAUUUUCUCCAAUCCGCAUCAUCACAAUCAACAGCCGCACAUGGAGUCCGAUCCUCCCGAUUCCCGCAAAAGACCCCUGGAGACCCCGACGGAGGCCAGCAGCACCAAACGCACUAAUACAGGAGAGCGAUGCAACCAAGAUGCCAUCCAUGAUCCUCCAUUUUCAUCAGAUUUUGUCGGAUUUCACGAGGAAGGCGAGUAUUUCCUAAAGGUGUUGAUUCCGAGCUACGCUGCAGGCUCCAUCAUUGGCAAGGGUGGUCAGACUAUUGUCCAGCUACAGAAAGAGACAGGGGCCACCAUCAAACUGUCCAAAUCCAAAGACUUUUACCCAGGAACAACAGAGCGUGUCUGCUUGAUCCAGGGAACCGUAGAGGCGCUGAAUAGUGUCCAUGACUUCAUCGCAGAGAAGGUGCGAGAGAUGCCGCAGAGUGCUCAGAAAACAGAACCAGUCAGCAUACUUCAGCCACAGACCACUGUCAACCCUGACCGUGUCAAACAGGCCAAGCUGAUAGUGCCCAACAGCACGGCAGGGCUGAUCAUCGGUAAGGGCGGGGCGACAGUGAAAGCAGUCAUGGAGCAGUCAGGAGCCUGGGUCCAGCUCUCACAGAAACCAGAAGGCAUUAACCUGCAGGAACGUGUGGUUACCAUUAGCGGAGAGCCUGAGCAGAACCGCAAGGCUGUGGAGAUCAUCGUGCAGAAGAUCCAGGAGGAUCCACAGAGCAGCAGCUGUCUCAACAUCAGUUAUUCCAAUAUCUCUGGCCCUGUGGCCAACUCCAACCCCACAGGUUCCCCAUACGCAAACUCGGCAGAGGUGAUGCCAGCAGCUGCUGCUGCAGCGGCAGCCACAGCCUCUAGUCUCCUGGGCCAGGCCAGUCUGGCUGGAGUGGGUGCUUUCCCCACCGCCAUGCCCAGCUUCUCAGGGAAUGACCUUCUGGCUAUCACAUCAGCGCUGAACACAUUAGCCAGCUACGGAUACAAUACCAACUCUCUGGGUCUGGGGCUCAACCCCGCGGCCGCCUCAGGAGUCCUCGCCGCUGUUGCUGCUAGUGCAAACCCUGCUGCAGCUGCAGCCGCCAACCUGCUAGCCUCAUACGCUAAUGAUGCAUCCACCAGCGCCGGCCACCCAGCCACUAGUCUGGGUGGCUUCACGCUAGGCUCGCUGGCCGCCGCCACCGGAGCCACCAAUGGUUACCUGAGUGCUGCUUCCCCGCUGAUGGCAAGCUCUCUACUGGCCACUGAGAAGCUAGUGGAGGGGGCCAAAGAUGUGGUGGAGAUUGCCGUGCCAGAGAACUUGGUUGGUGCCAUUUUGGGGAAGGGAGGCAAAACGCUUGUGGAGUACCAAGAACUGACAGGAGCCCGCAUUCAGAUCUCCAAAAAGGGAGAAUUUGUUCCUGGCACAAGAAACCGUAAAGUUACCAUUACCGGAUCGCCAGCCGCCACACAGGCAGCCCAAUAUCUUAUCAGCCAGCGAAUCACAUAUGAGCAGGGUGUGAGGGCCACCAAUCCGCAGAAGUUGGGCUAAAAACAGGGAGUACGAAAAAGGAGAGAGAAAGAGUGGGGGAUGGGAAGAUACAGAGAAAGAGAUGAAGGGCACGAAUAAUAAAGAAAAUCAACCACAUACUUUGUGGAAAUCUCAGUAUUAAAAAAAAAUGGAAAAAUAUCCUCAAAGUGGAAAAAUCGCGAAAAUGUGUAAAAUGUAAAUAUGGGUUUAUUUCUUAAGUUUUGAUCUUUUGAAAAUUGUAUUUUUAGUUUUUUUUGCAUUGUUCUGGACAGCAGUGAAUGGCAUUUCAACCUGGCAUGCUGCCAUGCUGUGGUUCCCAGCAGGUGGGCAAGGUGGUGGGAUGGGGGAGAAUGGGGUGGAGCAAUAGGACAUCCAACCCCGCUGGAAUCAGCCCUUUCCCCACCCCCAUCCCCUCCUAGCUGAGUGAUUUUUGUUUUUACUUUUUGGUCUUUAGUUUAAUUCCCACUCUUUUGCCCAUGUCCACUCUAUAAGAGGGUCUGAGACUGAAAAUAAUCCCCCCCAGUCUGUGACACCCCAUAACCCACCCCAGUCCCCCUCACCCUGGCCCUCCCCAUCCCAGCCUGCCCUGCUCUGGGCAGGAUAGGGCAGGGGAUGUGAUGAUGCACCAGGGUUUCUCAGCACCACUAGACAUUGACCUGGGGUCCCAGUUUGACCAGGUGCAUGCCAUUUGAUGCUACUACAGAUGUUGUUAGCAUAAGGGAAGCUUGUAGAUCAUGUUGUGGACAUAGGCCAGGAUGCAAAAUGCACCUGCUUUGGUCAGAAUAUAUAGUACCAGGGCCAAUUUCUCUAUGGGAAUUGAAGUCUGGUUUUUAUACCAAUACUAUUAUCAUUAUUAUUACUACUAUUAUUAUUAUUACAAAUUAUCAUCACCAUUAGCAUUAUUUAUUAAUAUGAUUUCACCCAUAAGGACUGAGGUAUUUCUUUUUUGUUUUUCUUAAUAUGUGAAUUCAGGUUGACAUGAAUGUAAAGACAAUAUUUUGGAUUUAGUAUUUUAUUUAAGUAGAUUGAAUCGUGUUCAUGUAAUAUAUGUCUUAUUUAACAUCCAGUGAUAACUGCACCGUCGGCAUCAACAGAGUAAAGGGGCAGAUGUACUGUAAAGUGAUAUUAAUACAGUUUAAACAACAAAAAACUCUCACACAUUCAAACACAUACACAAACACCCUCAGCAAACUAUUUCCAGAUCAAAUGCUCAGUUUGAUCAUGAGCAAACUUGAAAUCACAAUGGGACUAGACAUUUGUUUCACAUAUCUACUGAAAGAGAAUGUAGGUCUUUGCACAAGUCCAAGGGAGUGUACCCGUGACAAGAAUAAAACUCUAUAUCAAAGUUCAUCACUUUCUAUAAUGUACAAAAAGUCAGUCUGUAGUUUACGCUGCCCUUCUGUCUAAAUCUCUGCGGUACUAAAGAUAUUGUGCACUUAAAGCCACUGCAGUCGAAUGUCUGCACAAUCUUCUGUUGACGUCAUUGGAAGAUUUGCAUAGAUAUUCCCGAUCAAAUACGAAAAUGAACACAUACUACUGAACAAUUACGGCCACGAAACUAAUUUACGCUCUGAUCGGCACACGCUGGUUAGUUGCAUGGUCUGCGCUAGAAAUUGACUUGUUGUUAAAGCAGGUUGCUGGCCCUAUUUUCAGUUUAGUUCCCAAGCCACUAGUAAAUCUAAGAUUGUUGUCUUAGGGUGUUGAUUACAUACAUGAGGAUCACCUACACUCUUCUAAAAUAUAUAGGCUGGCCAUGUGAACAAAUUUGUGUGCAGAUUAGAACUACCCAUGUGUGACAUAUUUGCUGCUACUAAGGUCCUAGUUUUUUCCAUUUGUUUUGUUUUUUAAUCUGAGUACACUGAAUUUCAUCUUAAUGCACUGUGAAGUGUGGAGGCCAUGAUGGAAGGCCAGGAAAAGUCAGGGUUCUUUAUUGUAAUUGCACUGAUGCACCACAAUGAUGGAAUAUACUCACAUGGAACGUCUAAUAUUAUACCAACCUCCAUGGAGUCAAUGAAUUGUUCACGGAAUUGUUUAAGGAAGCAGAGGAUCAGGAUCGGAAUGGUUAAUUAGGUUGAGGUCAUUGGACAUCACAUUGCAGUAUCCAAAAUUAAUUUUCCAGUUUACCAAAACCCAAUAAUUGACUCCCAAUCGAGAGGUUGUAUAUUUAUUGCGAAGGGGCAGAGGAUGGUAUAGCCUAUUUAUUUUGUCUAGACAAACUUUGUGUCCUCAAAAAGAGUGAUACGACAAGAAAGGAAACAAGCAUAUUUAAUAUUUUUACUGGAUGCAAUCUAUAUAAAAGCUACCACCAAUACAUAUCAUGAUGCUCUGCAAUUUGCUAAAAGACCAGGCUUGCAUACAGUAUGUUACAUAGAGAGCAUUCCCAAAAAGAUUGGACGGCUACAGAAUUAGACAGUGCUGUGCUCUCUCUUCUCUUGACUAAAGUUAUGAUUCUUUCCUCUCCUUUGCUAUUGGAGCACCAGGGAGAGUAAAUCUGAACCAAUUGGUAAGGAGGCUUCUUUAUUCUCAUCUAAAAACCAUCACCUCCCCUCACCUCUUCUCAACCCCUUUUUACCUUCGUGCACUCCCAUUCUGACACAUCAACCCAGAGACCCCCUUCUCUCACAUCUCUCCAUGGGUGGCGAUGUCUGGUGUAACAGUGCAUGUGUGCUUGCCCUUUCACAAAACAAUGACGAAACAUAAAGGGAAGAUGUUUCUACAGAGUAGAACGUCAAAGGUUGCAAUAGAUCACAAUCGGGCACAUCACACCUGAGUCUGUCAAGUACAGGUCACUCUUUACAAAGGGAUUUUGUUCUGAGCCAUUGAUGUGUUUGUAUGUUGAGUGUGGGUAUGUGUGUGCAGCAAGCUUGCAGGCACAAGUUUGGGUAGAUACCUGAACUAGAAGCAGUUGUGCCCUAGGUGAGGAGGACUAUCAAGUUGGAUGAAGAUAGAAAUGUUUGUCUUGGGAAAGUUACUCCAGGUACUCAGUUAGUUAGUUGCCCAUUUUUUUCCCCAAACAAAGGGACAUCAUAGUUAUGUGUGGACCGCAGAUACUUUUUAAGGGAAAGCUAUGAAGAUCAAGAUGAGGAAGCGAUGGCAAUCGAGUGCCUCCGCAUUUUAGAGUGCAUCUGUGCAAUUGGUUUUACCCAUAAUGAUGCAGUACUUCAUGAGACACUUGAACAGUGGAGUCAGUCAUGUUUUACUCUCAGCAGAUCCCCCACAUACAAAGAUACACAUAGAUAAACCCACACAUUGAACAUUUUUUAUUUUAACAUCAGAGUUAAAUUUGAUUAACACAAAACGCAAGAUAUUACUGUGACAAUUAAAUGUGAAAAUUAAUUAAGGUGCCAAUGUAGUGUCAAGGAGCAGCUUUUUGUUUUGUAGUUUCUGUAUUCAGAACUAAAAGUACAUAAAAGGGGUUGUCUCUGUUUUUCUUUCAUUAGUACUUGAGAAAAUAUGUGAUGAGUACUUAAAGCAAUAUACGUAGUAGCAUGUCGUCAAGUCUUGUCCUUUUAUUCUGUCUGUGUAGGAGCUUUGGAUUUACCUAGAUGUUGAAUAGAUUUGCAUACACUAUUUUUUAAGUUGUGAAGAUGCUGCUAUUGAAUAAGUGAUGUACUGAAACUUAAGAUAAAAAAAAAUCUAUCUGGUCAGUUAUUUAGCAGGAUGUGGUAUAGUUUAAGAGGUGUAACUAAAUACUACAUUGAUAAUGAAAUAAUUGCUAUAUCGAUGGUUUAAAUAAACCUGUGCCAAAAUAGAUCUUUACAGAUUUAAAUGUGAUUUAAACACCAUUAGUUAAGAGCAGACGUACUUUUGUAAUUUAAAAAAAAAAAAAUGUGAAAAGUGCCAAAAAAGUCACAGUUAAGAUAUACAGUAACUAGCAGGGGAUAAAGUGACUAGCAAAGCAAAAGAUUAGACAUUAGCUCUAUAAGGUUAAGAGUUUUCUGCCCCCUUAAUAACCAUUCCUUGUUAAAAUUAUAAGGAGGGAUUCAUCUUGUAGGCCUAACCAAAAUCAGGGUGCCAUGUGGCCACCAACACAUCCCUGGGGCUAGAAGACUGCCGAAUGAGCUUAGCAUGGUUAAAGUUUUAUAAGUUAUCAGCAUUCUUAAGUCAGCCUUUUAUAGUUAUGAAAAUGUAUUUUGUGAAGAUAAAUGUUAUCUUUUUUGCACGUCGAUAUUGCAUGAUACCAAGUGAAGCGUGGAUUUAAAAAAAUUAAGAUACAAAAAACAAUUAGGCAAUGUGCACUCAUUUUUAGGACAAAUCUUUGCAUGGCAACAACAAUUAGAGCUAUUAAAAUAGCUUUUUCACAUUUUUAACUUUUAGUUAGCUUUUUGCCAUGAAAGCUAGGCCACAGAAACCAAAAUCAUUCAUAGUCAUUGCCAUUUUUAGCGUCAUCGUUAGAGCACUCAUUUUGUACAAAGCUUUUGACAUUUUGUGAUAUUUUUGAAAACGUUACCAGAAAAAAAAAAAUGAAAGUUGGGAAAGGAAGGUUAAUUUAUAGCAAAAGUAACUUCUCCUUCUGAACAAUAAAACAUGGCUGUGAAUGUACUCGCCUCUACAUAAGUUUGCAUAUCACUCUUUCUAUCAUGAUUCUAGGGCUUGUUUUUGCUGUAAAUUGUGUGUCAGUACUAACAUCAUUAAGCUAUGUUACACUCUUCUGUUAAGUAGCUUGUUCUGCCAUCAAUGCACAUUAAGCUUGAUCCAUUCUUGCGAUAAUAUGCACUUUAUAUUUCUCUUAUAUUUCAUGCCAACCCAGUAAAAACAGCCCCAUUUCCAAAUGAGAGCAAAUGCAAUGACACUGCUUAACUGCUUGAAUCCUUUAUUUCAAAUCUCCAUUUAAAAAAAAGGAAUAGCUAUAGAGCUAUUUAUAUGGGCAGAAUUUAAUUUGAUAGUGUUUUUUAUUAUUAUAAUGAAUAAGUGACAAAAAAAAAGGACAUGCCUGAUAUCAUAAAUAUUUUGUUUGUUUAGGGCCAUGCUGAGACUUCAAACAAUGUCAAAAUUGCACAGUGCUUAGUCAUGGUUGCUUUUUAAACUAUAUCAGGCAUAUACUUUUUUGUGCAUAAAGACGAUAGCUCAGUAGGAACAAGGGUAAUAUUUGUGUUUUGUGCAUGCAUUUAGCAGUUUUGUGUAUACAAGCAGGGCUUUUUUUUUUUUCUCCCCAGGUUACUGGGUUCAGCAGCUUUGUCACAUGCAGUCAAGUCAAGAUGAAUGCAAACUUACGGUUUAGCUGAUGUUGAGAAGGUCAUUGCUUUUAUGUGGGAAUUGGGCUAGAGCUUUUUGCUCUUCCAACCUCCUCCCCCACCCCCACCUACCCCACCAAACCCAAACCCCGCCCUUGGCCCCCCACUAUCAGAAGAGGAGAAAAAAAAAAUACCUGGGGUCAUUCUUGAGCUUGUACCCAUUGAAGCACCAGCAAUGUUAGAAUACAUUUGUCAUAUCACUGUUCUGUUCUCUCUUUUUUAUUUUCCUGUUUUUAUUUGUAUGACACUCUCUAACCUAGACCAAGUAUAACAAAAAUGUCAUUCAUAUGUAUCCUGUUUACUCUCCCUUUUUCUCCCUUUUGCACUUCACUGCUCCCCUUUUUUCCCAACCACUCCCCACUCUUCUGCCGACCUCCCCCUCACACCCUCCCAGACUUUCUCCUGAGUGCCAAACAAAAACAGUACCAUUCCAAACGUUUUGAGUUCUCUUGUAUGUUGGACAUCCAUCGGACGCACCCAUGAAGCCAACAUGUUUCUCCAUAACAUGAUGUCAGUCAUGACGCCUCAACAUUAACCAAAAAGCAAGCCGUAAAAAGCGAGACCUGGAUUAACACGGUAAAAAAAAAGGCUGGCUACCUCUCAUAAACUGCUUUUCCUAAUUCUCUGUCAUCUCUUCAACCUCCAGGACAUCACUGAUUUUGUGCCAUAAUGUUGGGGCCACUGUCACUCUACUCACCCCCGAGUCUCUCCAUUUGAUUUUUCGAUGGAAAACAUUAACCGCAAACAAAGAAAAAUCCAUUUUAGUUUUGUUUUUUCUUUAACAUUAAAACAUGCUGAGGAGUGUAACGUCAGCUGUGCAGCCAUCUUCUGUCUUCUGAACUUUGAAACUUCUCACCCCUCAUGAACUUUAUUGACCUUCUUCCUCCCCUUCUAUGUUCAUCAACUGUUUGGACUUAAAAACUCCAUUCCAUCUCCAAACCUUUUUGAGACUGUGCAAUUCUAGUUGAGAUGAUUGGAUUUAUUUCUCUUUUUUAAGUCAUCAUUGGGGACGAUUCUCAGAGAUAAGAAAUAAAAAAAAAAACUAAAACAAAAAAAUAUAUAGAAGUAAGAUUCACGCUGUUUCUCCACAAUUUCAUUCUUUUCUCUCACUGUAAAUAUUUGUUAGAUUUCGUUGAACUGUAACCACAAACAUGUUCAACAUAAUGCGGCUGGCAGCAUUAAAUCGUUUUGUGGAGUGCUCGUAGGAGGCAGUGAUAGAAAGCUGAGUCACAGACAGUGUCAUUUUGGUUGUUCUACUGCUAUUAGUCAGAUAGAGAGAGGGAGUCCAGUCAAGACAAGUCUCUAAAAAGUUAAGAACAUUUUCAAAAUUGGUUUAAAUGCAGAUUGAUUGUAGGGGAGAAUGGUUUAGAAACAAAUACUGUGCUCCUGUUUAUGUAACAUGUGCUUGAUAAUUGAUCAUGGUUAGUGAAAAAUCAGGUUGACACAAGAAAUUAUGCCAAAUUUUAUUCCUAUCAAACCAUUUCUGGCCCUCCUAAUGCAUAAUCACUACUAAGAGUUAAGGUAGACAAUUAGAACAGGUUUCAUACUUGAACCGAUGGUAGUUACUAAUCUUAUUGUACAUAUCAGUUAUGUUGAGUGUAAAUUGUGUUGGUUAUAGGUGUCUUUGAUCAUUGCCGCAUCUGUUCAUAAGAUCAUAGAUGAAAAUGUUUCCCUGUGAUUAAGAAAAUUUACCAUUUUCAUACGUCUCAACCAUGCUUUGAGCUCCACAUCUAAUGUUUCUAUGCUGCCAGCUUUAUUUUAUGAUGACCCUUCAUGAGCUUAUUUAUUUUAAAACUACUAUACACUAUUAAUAAAUGGCAUCAAGGACUAGACAAAAGGGAAUGACUGGAAAGAUUAAUUACUGUUUUGUUUUUAGUAUUUUAGUGGUUUCUUUUAACAUCAUCCAUUAACUGACAUAAAAAGUAUUAAAUAUUUAAUGUAACUGUAGCAUUGUGUUUGUAAAAAAAAAACAAUAGUGAGUUGUGUUUCUUGACUUGUGGAUUACCAGUGAAGUCAGCAAUUUAGUGCUAAUAUCUAUUAAGUCAUUUUUUCUUUUUUUAUUUAAGGGUUUUUAUUUUCCGACAGCAACAGCAGUCAUUAUAAAUGUUCAUUUUACCAUCACCUGUCUUCUGUUGUCUUAUUCUUCACCUCCCACUACACUUAGUUUCAUCAAAUAACACAUUGAAAUCAUAUGCUCGGUCUUGGGGAGGGGCCAUGCUGCAUGAGAGAAGGUGCUGUCACACUAGAUUUUUGUGCUCCAUUUGCUUCCAUUCAAAUGCAUGCGAACACAAGAGAGCGAAAGGUCAUGCGAAGAAUUUCAUCUUGCAUUUCGUACAAAAGUUCAAAUUUGCUGAAUUCACAUAGUGAAUCCACAUUUGACCAACAGAGGAUCUAAACGUCACAUCUUCGCUCUGGCAGGAAAAGUGUAGUAUACUGUAACUUUUAAUGUUUGCGACAUUAUUUAGUAAAAACGGAAUUCCUAAAGCAAAGUAAUGGGGUGCAGAGUAAUUUCACAUGCGCCGAAACUAACGUGACCGCACCUUGAUGCGUAUGAGUGUAUGUGUGAAAUGGAUGAAUGUGAAAUGCUUGGGCGGGUGGGUGUUCUGUCCUCUGUCCACCAAUGCUAAAACCUGUUGGGUUUCCAUUUACCAAUGGAACCAGCUUAUGUUAUAGCUCAAACCCAUCAUGUAAGCCUAGUUAAUUUUGAUCGUUCAUAACUUCUCCCCAGUUUCCCUACCACUUUCCACCACAACCUUUUCCUGCCUUUUACGAGCCAUUUCCUCGCCACGCACCCCCACACCAUGUGAUGUUCUCCAUUGAUAAUAACAUACUACUCGACCAGAACCCACAUUAACUUUUGUCAUGCCUGCAGAGGCGGCAGUUGCCUGUCAACUCACCCUUCGCUCAUAAUUCGCCCACCAUCCCUUAACGGCUGCCAAGCCCAACCUAACAAUUCUAAAUAUUAAUAAUAAUACAAUUUUGUUUUUAAUUAGUAAAAUACAGACAAGUGACUCUCAGGGUGUUUAUGUAAUCUACCUUACUCUGUGAAUUCACAGACCCACAACCCAGCUCUCCCUCAUGCUUUUUAAGGAGCCCAAAGACAAUUUACCAUGUAUGAUUGCUUAUCAAAGUCUUCGAGGAAAAAAAAGGAAUGAUAUGAACCCAAUUAAAGGAGCAAGCAAAAUGCUGUAAUGUUUACAAUAUUAAUGAGACCAACGCUGUUGAAAGAAUGUUUUGAAUUUUCAAUUUUUUUUAAAAAAAGACAUAAUUUCAAACUGAGGUCCUUUUAAAUGAUAAUUUCUAUGUGACGUGUUAUAUGUUAUUGAGGCAUUUUUGAAAACAUUGAAUGUUACUAUUUUUUGCAGUGACUUACAUUUUUUAAAUGUCAGAAUUGCUGGUACAGUGUCAAAAUAGAGCUACAUUUAGUUGCUAAUAAUAAAAUACAUUGAUGUCAGUGUUCAUCUCACGUAUCUUGGAGAAAAGUUACCGGACUCCAGUCCGAAUCAAACGUUACUGUAUAGAAUUUGUUCAUAUUUGUACAUGGUGACAGUGAAAAUAAAGGAUGUACUGAAAGUAUCAGGGAGACAUGGGUAUAGUUUGAAAGGCCAGGUGGCCAUUUACAACACCAACUCUAAAAGCUGACAGCAAUUCACAAGGGACAGUCAGUCAAACACAGACAGAGCUCAGCCUGUGACUUUAACUGCACAUGAGGUAAGUUACAUGAGGGAAAAUAUGCAUUUAAAUUUAUUUUGAAUAUUUAUUGUUUAAAUUCCUUUAAAUGUAAGAUUGUAUAUUAUUUAAGAUACAAAUAUGGUGUCUUAGUGGUUUGAGAAAUGGUAAGGUUAUUAGACAUACUGCAGACAUGAGGCACAAGUAUAAUAGCUUGAUUGUAAAGGAAUUAGUCACAACAAUGCAACAUUUUAGAAUGUCUUCUUUUAAAUUCAACAUUCUACACAGUGGAUCAACGAAACAAGAUGAAAGCUUGAAAAUGAUAUGGCUUUGGUGUCUUGAGUGUCUUGGAGUGUGAGUGAUAUCCAAAUGCUGCAAGCAUGAUGUAACAAUAUGUAAUGUGCCAUUUAAGCUUGGUUCUAAAACAGAGCAAGAAGACCAGUGAAUGCGAGUUAUUUAGCAUCUGAUCAGUUCAAUUCAAGAUUAUCUCAAUAACAUUAUAAAAUCUCUUGCCCAUUAUCAUCCACCCACUUUUUCUGUGCACUAAUUCAUCCAACCAACAAAAACCACCUUCACUUUCCCAACAUGUCUACAAAGCCAACACCAGCUAAAGCAUCGUGGAGAAUUCCAUUAUGUCCAUUGGUCAGCUUUCUUGAACGAUCUUCAUGUUGACUUCCAGCACAUUGAUCUGUGGUGGAGACCCCAGGGAAAUUAUCAUUCGCCGCAUGAUUUAAAGCCUGUCUCACCAAACCAACCAUGAACUAAAGAAGUAUCUCCAGAGUUCAGAGUUCAAAAAACACUAUUAAUGUGUUGAUGUUUGAUCAAUUGACUUGGUGUGCAAUUUUAAUAGGAUGUGCUGCAUUAAUUUGGUGCAGGUUAAGUUUAAAGUGUUUGCAGGUAGCCUUUAGAUGUCUUAAACGAAUAAACAGAGUUGUUUCAGUAACAAUCAAAUGCAGGAAUUUUCCCGUUACCAGCCAUCAUGCAUAAGUAGGGAUUUCACUAUGCAGCUGCAGUCCUUUAGAUAUCUAUAUCUGCAUCAAGUAACCCGUCCCAAAGCUCCAAGCUCCCUUUUAAACAUGGAAUCGGUCCAGAUGAAUAAUUAGGCCUUUUUAAGUGGAAUCAUCACUCCCCCUUUCUGUCCCCAUUGGGAUUGGUGAGCUAGUGUAACCAGGGCAAGUUGGAGCUCCAUUGUUUCAAAUGUAUCCAAUCUCACUAAUUGUGCACCUUUACCAGCCUAAGGCCACAAUUGAUUUUCCCUCUCCUGCUCAGUUUCUUCCCUUUAUGCAAGACCAAACGACUCUUUCUCCUUUCAGCCCAGCUGUUCCAGAAAGCAAGCCUAACUGUUUCUGUCCUCUCUCCUCAGAGGGGUUUAAAAGGAGCGAGAGAGAGCAAGAAGCAUACAAGAAUAUGCUCUCAGUCCUCAUAAAUCCCUUGAGCUGGAAAACAGGCCUAAGGAACAUGUGCAAAGAUCUCCAGUCCUUAGUCCAAGACUUUUAAAAUGUAGAACACACAGUACUCUGUUCUGAGACAGCUUCUGCCUUUCUAAGCUGUUUUUGUUAAUGCAUUCUGUCUUUUAUCUGUAUUUUCUGCAUUUGUUAAGAGCUGUAAAAAUUUUAAGGUGCAGGGUGUAAUUUCUGAACCACUAGUGUCACCAAAUUGAAUUGUGAAAAUACUGACUGUUUUCCAAACACUACUUGUAUCUGCCAUAUGUCAUCCUACAGAUAGUACAGCCCCAAACUCAUGCCAUAUGUUGCUACACUGCAAAAAAAAAUAUAUAUAUAUAUAUAUAUAUUUAAAAAAAUAUAUAUUUAUAUUUUGUAAUGUUUUCCAGUAAAGAUAUCUAAAAAUUCUUAAAAAAUAUAUAAAUGUUUUGCAAAUUGCAAAUUGUUAUUUCUAGUUUUAAGCAAAAACCUCCCUAAAUUGCAUUAGAUGUAAGUACAAAUACCUAAUACAUUUACUUAGAAAGCAAAGUUGUGUAAAAUAAUAUUAAAUAAAAUUAUUUAACCACUUUGGCAAAUAUUAUUUAAUUUUUUUUUUGACAGAAAUCGCCCUACAUUUUGUUGAAGAUUGUUCAGGAUAUAUUCUGUCAAAGCAGUCUUGAAAUCUUAAAAUCUCAUGCAAUUUUACUUACCAAUAAUUUUUUCGUUUAGAUACAUAAACUGGAAAAUAAGACAAAAAUACUGAUCUCUGACCAUUUUUUUUAAAUAUUUUGCAGUGUAUGUAGGGUUGAUCUGGAUGCUCGAACUAACAGUAUUGUUUUGAUAGCGCCAUAAUGCCACAGUGUUUACAUUUUUCAGGAGAAUCAACAUACGAAUGGCUUGCUUAUAGCUGUCUAUGGAUAUUAAUGAUAUAGUUCACCGAAUUAAUUAUCUCAUCAUUUACUCACCCUCAUGCCAUCCUAGAUGUGUAUGACUUAUUUGCCUCUGCUGAACACAAACAAAGAUAUUUAGAAGAAUAUCUCAGCUCUGAGAUAUCUCAAUGCAAGUGAAUGGUGGCCAGAACUUUGAAGGUCCAAAAAGCAUAUAAUGCCAGCAUAAAAGUUAUCCAUACAGACUCCAGUGGUUAAAUCCAUGUCUUCAGAAGUGAUAUGAUAGGUGUGGGUGAGAAACAGAUCAAUACAUUUCUUGCCAUUCCAUUCAAUUGCAAUGUAAGGAUCAACAGAGCUGAGAUAUUCUUCUAAAAGCAGAAUAAAAUAAGUCAUACACAUCUAGGAUGGCAUGAGGGUGAGUAAAUGAUGAGAGAAUUUCAAUAUUCAACUAUCCCUUUCAGCUAGGAUAGGAGAAAGUAUUUUUACAUAAAAAAAAAAUGACACACGUCACCUUUAAGCUGUAUUAUUUAUAGGUUUGUAUGACAUCAUACUGACUUUGGCCUCAGUACUACCUUUUCACAGAUGGAUAAACCAAUAUAUCAAUUUAAAAUGCAACUAUGUGCAGAAAAAACAGCAGACAGAACACCUGUCACCACAGAGUUGUAAGUGUAAAUCAUUUUGAUUUGCAGUUUGAGAAAUAGCUUUCUGGCCGUAUCACUGGCUGCAAACAGGCCUCAGGAAUGCAUGGGCUGCAGUUACACACAAACAGCGCUGUCCCUCUAGUUUCCUUUGCUUCACAACAGGUUACUGACUGUGCAGCAAUGCUGGAGUGAACAGCAUGUAUUCAGCAUUAAAGCUGUAUGUACACUUGGGCUGACUCCUUAAAAAAUACCUAAGCUACAAAACCACUCAUUGCAGCGCAGUCUAAUCGAUUUAAAGCCAGUGCAUCUCACAGCUACAUGUCAAGUCGUGCUGAUACAGAGAUUGGCUGUCACAUCAAAGCGAGGUAGAAUCUGGCCCACAGGAAUAGAAUAAAAUAAAAGUCAGCUAUCUGAUCCUGAGUGGCUGUAGAAAAUCUAAAUGUCCUUUUUCCUGGUUUUCGCUCAAUGUGAACAUACUAACUGAAUUUGUCAUAUUUUCCAGGAAUAUCUCUCUCUCUCUCUCUCUCUCUCUCUCUCUCUCUUUCUCUCUCUCUCUCUAUAUAUAUAUAUAUAAACAAACUAGAUAAAUUCACUUGCAAAGUAACAUUGUGCAAGAUUUUAGGACUUACGGUCUUGUUAAAUAUGACAACAUUUUGUGAGGUUUAUGCUAAAAACAAGAACAAGUAUUUGCCAAUGGGUUCAGAAAAAUAAACUUGAAAACAAGUCUUAAUAUCUUACACAACUUUGCCUCUAAUGUAAACGUAUCUUGUUUAAAGGAUGUUUGGAUAUUUUUACUGGAAAACAAGACAAAUAUUCUCUAGAUUAAGAAAAUUAUUUUUUUGCUUAGUAGUGCUAGUCGUCAAUGUACAAAUCAGACCUUAAAAACUGUUCUUAAGACAAAACCAAAUUAGUUGGUGGUAGACCAGAAGUGGUCCACAGAAAUAUGUCCUUUUACUAGCAAUAAUGUUCAGAAUUUAUAAGCUGCCUUUUUAUGGCUUUGAUAUAUUUUUUUGGAAUUUUGAAAUAUGUUGCAACAGCUUUAUUCUGACAAAAUAGAACAAAGGGGACAAAAACGAUUGGGGUAAUCCCUCUCACCAAUUACAGUAAUGUACAUUUCUGAUAAUGUUUUAUCCGUUACUUGAUUGUUCGUGUUCUAAUAAGUGCAAUUUAAAAAGCAGACUAUAAUCUGCUGUAGCAAGAUAACGCUAUCUUCUUCAACUGUGAAAAAAUUAAAUAAAUAACAGGCUUCCUAAUCGUUCUUAAUAUUAAAUUAUAAAAGGCCAGAUUUAAACUUCCUAUUCUUAUUUAAUUCCCCUAAAGCUCCCCUUACAUUUUUAUUUAAAAAGCAUAACAUUUUCUACAGUAGGAAUGCCUAGAUUUGUUUCUGACUGACCAAAAUAUCCAUUCAGUUCCCACUGCAGUUUCAUCGGUCAAUAUGGAAACACUGAAAAUGAUUGUAAUAAGUUUUGUAUGGUUUAUGUUUCUUGAUGUUGUAAUAUUUCUAACAAAUUAAGCUGAUAAAUUAUGAGUUAAUUCGUAUUCAUAACAACUUUUAACAUCAGUAUUUUAUGAGUAUAUGUAUAUAUCAUAAAGAAAUAAAUUAAGAGAGAUGCAAUGCAAAGCUGUGAUUUUAAAGCACUGUAGCGUUUACAGUGAUUUGUUUUUAUCAAUUUUAUGGUACAUAUGAUAUGUUCUGCAUUUCUGCAGUUGUUGUUUUUUCUUUUUGUUCAUGGGCAUAUGCUUAAAUAAAUACGUUUUU